CCGAACAUUUCUCAGUUAUUCUAUAUUACUGUAUACUAAAUAUAUUACUGAUUAACUGAAAAGUCUGGAAAUUCCGAGCAUUUGGAGAAAGUGUGCAAUCAAAUAAGAACAGCUGAAGUCCAGACUGUUAGUCAAGCCAAUCAGAAAAACACUCGUCCCAUUGGGCAUUAGGUUCAGCUGUAUAUUAAAAAAAGGUCAGCAAAAUGGAGGCCAAAGACAACAACAAGGAGCAGCCACAGCAGUCGGACAAUGAGAUACGCACGGAUAGCGAGAGCUCAACAGAUAGCAUGAUGCGCUUUGUGCUGCCCAGCCUGGAUGGUAGCCCUCCAAAAGUGGUCACCAUGGACGAGGUGGCGGGCAUGCUGAAGAAUCUCAAGAAUAUGGAGCUUGCCCACGAGAUAGCACUCAACCCGGAGUUUAAGCUACAGCCAUACGAGCCGCCCAUGAACAGCUUGGAGGGUCGCAUCAAGGCAAUGGUACACAAAGCAUUUUGGAAUCUGUUGCGUGAGCAACUGGAACGUGAUCCGCCAUCAUAUGAUCAAGCCAUCCGUUUGCUGAGUGAGAUUAAGGAGGACUUUCCGCAGCUUCUCUCGCCGAACAAUACAAACGCCUUGUCGCGCAUCAAUGCGACACUAGAUGAGGCGCUCAUCCGUCAGCAGGCGGAGCGUGGAACUCUAGAUUUUAGGUCCUAUGCCAAUUUCGUGAUCAAUCUGUUGGCCAGCAUGUGCGCACCGGCACGCGAUGAGGCAGUGGCCAAGCUGCGAGAAAUUGACGAUGUGAUUGAUACCUUCCGUGGCAUACUGGAGGUCAUGGCCCUGAUGAAGCUGGAUAUGGCCAACUUUAUGGUUUCGGCAGCACGCAAUAAUAUAGCAGCAAAUUCUGUGGAGUAUGAGAAGCAAAAGUUUAGUACAUUCUUGCGCGAAUAUCAUGGCACUGUUGGAUUUCCCGCCACCGAGGACUGGCUGCAACGUGCACGCGCCGGCUGCAACAACAACGAGGAGAUCCUCUUCAAUGCAUUCAAGCAGCUGCUGAACUAUCCGGCAGACAAGGAAUUUCCCGAACUGUUGCGCAUCGAUAAGGAGCGCUUUGAGGGCCUCAGCUGGCGUUGUCAGCGUCUCAUUUUGUGCGCUGCCCUCAUAUCCAUUGCACAAGGUGUUCCAAUCAUAUCGCAGCGCCGUGAGAAUCGCAUCGAACUGGCCAAACAGUUGGACAUAAUCGUUCAGCAUGUCAAGCAGCAGGAUCAGCUAAGCUCUGCCAUCGACAACUGCUACGAGCAGAUUCGCUCGUUCAUAAACAAAUGUCUGGAGAAGGAGAAACUGCCGUUACUCAGCGAAUCGCAAGAGACACAAAUCCAAAGCCAAGUCAAGCAGUUGAUCAACAAAUCGUCACCUGUGCGCACACUAAUGGCGAAUCGUAUGGACGGUUUUGUUCGAGUUGCCUUGCGCUCGAAUGGCAACAUACCGCCGCCGCCCGCUGGCUUCGCCGACUUCGGGGAGGAGCUGGUCGCAUUUAUUGCAUCCUUCCGUCGCUUGGUAUCCUACAAUCACGCCGUAUUUGGAGAAUACUUUGUGCAGCUGCUCAACAAGCAGCGCAAUAGCGCUGAGCCAAGUGCGGACGCUGGCAACAGCAGCAGUAACAGCCUCUCGUCUAAUCUGGCCCAAACAGCCAAGCCUUAGGCAGAGAGCGUGAUACUACAUGUCAACGGAGGCGAGAGCGAGAGAGUGUGUGUGCGUGUGCGUGUGUGUGGGGAAGAUGCAACAAAAUAUAUUUAUGUAAGCAGGCUGCUGGGAUUAAGCGUUGGAGCACAUAGAAAAAAAAAAAAAAAAAGCAAAUUCAAAACAAAAUGUUGAACGUUUAGGCUAUCCGAACAAGAGCUAGCCUCUAGUUGAUAGCCAACCAAUAGACCCAAACAAA